GAAUCGCGAUUACUCUCCCCAGUUUGAAAAAAUUCGGAGAUAACUUGUAUUUGAGAAUUACUAUUUGAAAUCAUAAUAUAUUAUCCAAAGUAAAUUCUUUAAAAUUGUCAAUUUUAAAUUCAAAAAAAUGGCAUACAAAAAUAUUUAUAUAAUAAUGAUUAUCGCGUCAUUAUUAUUGAUCCAAACGAUUAUUUUUCUAUAUUUAAACAUUGGCAUUGAAUUGGAUAAUGGCCAACAAUUUUUUACAACCGAAUCAACAACAGAAUUAAUAGAAAAAAUAUCAAAAAAAUUAACAAUCAAUCAAAUUUGGCAAGAUAUUUUACGAAAUAAACAUCGGUUAAGUCCAAAUACAUUAUGCCACAAUUAUAAAAAUCAAAUAAAAGAUCAUUGUUUGAAUGAAUAUAUGAAAUCAUUACGUGAUUCAUUCGAUUCUGAAACAAUGGAAAAAUUUUGCUGUCAUUUUAAAGAAAAUUAUCUACAUUGUUUAAUGACCAAUUUGAAUUUUCUAUGUAAUCCCGCCGAAUUGUUACCACUUCAUCGUGAAGUGAAAGGGAUAUCAAAAAUAUGCCAUGAUUAUUUUGAUUUUUGUGAUGAUUGUCCUUAGGAUAAUCCAUCCCGAUCAAUUUCCUUUCUCAAACAGGAUUUCAAACAGCUUGAAAGCCACAUUGUUUAUGUACACACACAGUUUCGUGACGCACAUCUCUGAUGGAUUGCCGUUCAUCAAUAACAACCGUUAAUACAUUUU